AUGGCGGCGCAGAGGCGGGAGGCCGCGCGCGCCUCCUUCCGCCGGGCCCAACCCGCCCAAAGGGAACAAACGGCCCGGGAGCCAAUGAGAGGCAAAGGAGGCCUGGGUGACGAGCUUUGGGUGCGGCAGAAGCGUCAGCAGCCCCGUCUGUGA